ACGACGACGCGUAGCUCAGAUCAGUGAUCAUCAUGCAGUGGUUGCUUUGGAAAAUAAUUCUCCUGUUCAUUGUUGAUCACUGCCAAGGGAGUUUUCUGGCAAUAGUACCAAAUGUCAUCAGAGAGCAUUCUACAAGUUCACUUGCAUUAACGAAUAUUAAUUCUGGGAACAAUUUGCAAUUUGAGUUGAUACUAAAACAAGGAACUGUUCCAAAUUGGAAAAGCCAAGUUUCGGUUCAAGAAAAUGAAACUGUUUUAGUGUUCUUUAAGACAAAAAAUCUUGGAAAUGAUCAGUAUAUGUUUGCUAUCCGCGAGCUCGGUGAUCCAGACGCUACUUAUGAUGUACAACUAGAAGUGAUACAAAAAUCAGCACUUAUUCUAAUCCAAACUGACAAACCAAUUUACAAGCCUGGUGAAACAGUGAAAUUCCGCGUAUUGGUGCUUGAUCAUGAAACAAAGCCAUUGAAGAAGGUCAAAAGCAUCAACAUCAAAAUUAAAGAUAGCAAAAGGAAUCUUAUCUAUGAGUGGCAUUAUGCAAAGAUGCAAAAUGGAAUAUUCCAAUCUCAGCUGGAAUUGGCACAUUUCGUGGCUCUUGGACACUGGACAAUUACAGUCGUAGCGGGUAUAGACGAGAACCAACAAACUUUCCGCAUUGCUGAAUAUGUACUCCCGAAACAUGAAAUCCGUAUUUGGUGUACAAAAGUUACCACUGUAAAAGACAAAGUUUUGCCUUUAAUAAUUGAUGCCGCAUACACUUUUGGGAAACCUAUUAAAGGGAGUUUAUCAUUGUCUAUUGAGGACACCGAAAAAAUAGUCAGCACGGAAAUCAAUGGUCGAACAUUCGUGAGUAUCGAUUUACCAGUGAUUGAUGACCAGUCUGAACUAGACGAAAUCAACAUUUUGGCCAGUGUUGUAGAUUCUGAAUCGAAACAUAUUUUUAAGUCUAGUAAAACUAUAGAAAUUUAUCCAGCAUCUCAUAAGAUUACAUUGCGCAAAUCCUCUGAAAACAUUACACCGGACGUACCAUUCAAAUGUUGGCUCACGCUACUGGAUCCACUCGGAAACCCAAUUGAAUACCCUGAUGUUAUUAAAGUUAAAGUAACGCAUGAAAUACCAUUUUGGAUUGACAGGUCAUACACAAUUGAACGGACGCCAAACGAAAAAGGUGUUCUACCGUUGCAAAUCGAAAGCGUCAAAAACACUGAAAAGUUGAAACUUAAAGUAACCUACGCAGGCGAGACUACAUACUUCACAGUACAUGAAGAAAAGGAUUCUGAUAAAAGCAACCCCUUCCUGGUGGUUUCCGUUCUGACUGAAACCCCUAAAAUAGGACAACCGCUACAGAUCUUGGUGACAAGUUCUUUUAAAAUACAGUUGUUGACCUAUUUUGUAUUAUCCCAAGGAGAGAUCAUCGUAAGUAAAACUCUAAACGUAAAUAAACGAUGGGUAAUUUUAGAGGAAACUGUGAACUUUCGGAUGGUACCUCAGGCUAGUUUGGUAGCUUUUACUGUUUUUAAUAAUAGAAUAAUCAAAGCAACAGAGCAACUGAUGAUUGAGGAUUUGAACAAUUUUGUAAACUUGACACUCUCUAGUCACGAAACGGAGCCCUCGGAACAGUUGAAAGUGCUUGUAAAGUCGCAUCCAGGAUCGAUGAUUGGUUUACAGGCAAUUGAUAAAAGUAUACUAACGUUAGCGAAUGGAAAUGAUCUUACUAAAAAAACGGUUUUCGAUAAUCUCAAAGCGAAUUUGCACAGUUUCAAUCAGGAUCCUCUGGAGCAAUCAGGAUUCGUCAUGCUAACCGAUUUGUCUGACAAUUCAAACUCUAUCGAAAUGACUCUAUUUGCCCUCAGUACACGGUUCAGCAGCGCUGAUCCGACAGAAGGAGCAUCACACAUUCGUAAAAACUUCCCCGAGACUUGGCUUUGGAGUGAUUUGGUGCCAAUAGACUCAAGUGGUGAAAUUACCAUCAGCGGUAUGGUUCCCGAUACGAUCACCAAUUGGCAAAUUAGUGCUUUGUCGAUAAAUUCGGAACGUGGGCUUGGUAUCAUCGACAAACCGGUUUCAUUAAAUGUUCUCAAGCGUUUCUUUAUUGUUCUAAAUUUGGCGUAUUCUAUACUAAAGACGGAAGUAGCCGUGGUAGAAGUAUUCGUUUUUAACUACCUAGAAACUCAACAGGAAAGUACAGUGACAUUUUUAAAUCAACAAAAGGACUUCUAUUUUGUUGAUCACCAAAAUCAGUCAUUCGACAAACCGGAAGAAACUCUAUCAGUUACGAUCCCCGCAAAUAGCGUUAGAACGGUUACAUUUCUGCUCAAACCUCGUAGCUCAGGAGAAUUUCAGAUAUUAGUGAAAGCGGCAAUACCGACAGCAACCGAUACGGUCCAAAGAUCUCUGCGCGUGACUCCCGGUGGAUUGCAGUACUAUCGCAACAUUCCGCGCUUUAUUGAAGUCGAAGAUUCAUCACAACACUUCCGUCAGUUGAAACUAGUAAUUCCACCGGUGGCUACACCGGGCUCAGAAAACAUCACUUUUUCGGUAGAAGGAAUCUUGCUGGGUGCCGCCCUGACGAAUCUGGGUGGUUUGAUUCGUUUACCGUCCGGUUGUGGAGAGCAAAAUAUGCUGAACUUGGUUCCGAGUGUUUUAGUUCUAGAAUAUUUGAGCAGCACGGAUACUUUGGACAAAACGACCAAGCAAAAGGCUAUCGAUUAUUUAACUAAAGGCUACCAGAAUCAGUUGAACUACAAACUGCGGGAUGGUUCAUUUAGUGUUUUUGGGCAAAGAGAUGUUCGAGGCAGUGUAUUCUUGACAGCAUUUGUUGCCAAGACCUUUCAAAUUGCUGGUAAACACAUCACAGUGGAUUCUGGUGUUACUGAUGCGGCGUUCAAAUGGUUACAGGCAAAGCAAGAUGCCGAUGGAAAGUAUGCGGAAUUGGGGAAGAUUUAUCACCAAAAAAUUCAAGGCGGCUUGAGUGGAGGUGUUACGCUUACUGCUUACACGAUAUCGGCGUUUCUAGAACAUAAAAAUACUGCCCAUCACUACCGAGCGGUAGUCGAUAAAGGGGCUAAUUUUAUUGCCGAACGACUUAAUCAUCUAACUAGACCUUACGAUCUGGCGCUAGCAGCUUAUGCGUUACAACUGGCUGGACAUCCUCGGAAACAGCUUCCUUUGGACAAAUUAUUGGAACAGUCUAUCACGGAUGCCAACCGUACAAUGCGUUGGUGGAAUGAUGGGUCAACAAAUAUUGAAACAGCAGCAUAUGUCUUGCUAACCAUGAUGAGUGCUGGCCUUUACGUAGAUGCAACACCAAUUAUGCGUUGGCUGGUUUCCCAGCGAUAUGAUAAGGGAGGUUACGACAACACUCAGAACACUUUCGUGGGUUUGAAAGCACUUGCAGAGUACUCUCAUAAAUUGUCGACUUCACGAAACAACUACGAAGUUACGCUCUCCUAUGGUGCGGAUGAAACGCAGGUUGUCCACGUGGAUGCUCAGUCUUCACUAAAAAGCCAAAGCCUUGCAUUACCUACGAAUGUACGUAGUGUUGAUGUUUCCAUAACAGGCACAGGUACUGGAGUUUUCCAGAUAGCUUAUCAGUAUAAUACAAUUGCGGCUGAUGAUAAACCACGGUUCGAAAUAAUUCGUACUGUACUUUCCGAGGGAACUACAAGUGACCUGAAGUUAGCUAUCUGUGCUCGAUACAAACCAUUACAUCGUGACGAAAUUAUGACCAACAUGGUACUGAUGGAAAUACUCUUCCCCAGUGGAUACGUUAUAGCGGACGAAACUAAGGAGAGUUUAGAUAGCGUUAAAGUUGUGAGGAAAAUGGAAGCAAAACGGGAUGACACGCUGCUUGUACUCUAUUUCGACUCGCUAUCGACAGAGGAAUCAACCUGUAUUAAUGUAACCGGCUUACGAAAGGCAGUAGUGCUCGGGCAGAUUGCAGGCUGGAUAAAAGUGUACGACUAUUAUGAUCCUACUCGCGAGGCAAUCGAAUACUUUAACCCUACAAUAAUGGAUCAAGAAAAUGAACUUUAG